AUGGUGAAAGAAGGAGGUUGGCCGCGCGGUGGUGGCGACGGCGCUGCUGCAGCGGCGGCUGAGGGUGAGAAGAAGAAGAUGGAAAUGGAGGAAUGCAAGGCGAUCCAAUUGAGAAGUGGGAGAAUAUUGACGAGCAACAAUGACACUACAAAGAAACAAAAAGAGAGCAUCAAAGACCCAACAGAGGAUGAGAAGCAACCAAAGGAAGCUAAGGAGCAAGUUGUGGUGCCAACCAAAAGCAAUGAGAAACUCAAAGAACAGGAGAACCAGCCACAUAGCCCAAAGGAAAAGACUCAAGGACAGCAGCAAAUAGGAAAGAGCAUCACAUCUCCAUUGCCAUAUCCUCAAAGAUUCAAUAAAGAGGUUAAGGACCAACAUUUCCACAAAUUCCUUGAAACCUUCAAGAAGCUGGAAAUAAAUAUCCCUCUAGCUGAAGCACUUGAGCAGAUGCCUUUGUAUGCAAAAUUUUUGAAGGAGCUCAUCAAUAAGAAAAGAAGUUGGCUUGAGAAGGAAACCAUAUUACUCACUGAGGAAUGCAGCGCCGUGAUUCAACGAGGUAUUCCACCAAAACUCAAAGAUCCGGGGGGUUUUGUAGUGUCGUGCACCAUUGGAAAAACAAAUCUCAACAAAGCUCUCUGUGACCUUGGUGCCAGCAUCAAUUUAAUGUCUCUUUCAAUGAUGAGAAAGCUUGAUAUAGAAGAGCUCAAACCCACCAGGAUGUCAUUAGUUAUGGCUGACAGAUCCAUUAAGACACCUAAUGGAAUUGUGGAAAAUUUGUUGGUGAAGAUUGGGGAAUUUAUCUUCCCAGCAGAUUUUGUGAUUUUGGAUACUGAAGAGGAAGGAAGUGACUCUAUCAUUUUGGGAAGGCCAUUUUUACACACAGUAAGAGCCAUCAUUGAUGUAGAAAAAGGAGAGAUGAUCUUCAGAAUCCAUGAUGAACAAAUGAUCAUAAAUGUUUUCAAGUCAAUGCAAAACAUCCCUGAGCAAGAGGAUUAUGUCAAAGUGGAUAUGAUAGAGAGUUUGGUGGAAGAAAUACUGGAAGAAAGUUCUCAGGAGGAAGAAGGAAAUCAAGGUGCAACAGAAGAACAAGUGGCUGAGACCUUCAUUGAAGAUGAGAAACAGGACAGGGAGGAAGAAGUAGAAUCCGUCACCGACCUUGCGCGCCGCGCUGCCGAUGCCCCCCGCGAGGGGAAGCUUUGGACGGACACGGCGGCAGGCAUCUUUCCGAGAAACCGAAUCAUCUGA